AUGCCUUACACACCGCCCUCUCAGCGCUCGCCUGCUUCGUCCAAGCCGGCCAGCCCAAUCCUCUCCCGCAACCAUUCCUAUGUCGACACACAGGCCGCCCAGUCACCUAGGUCCUCGCAACGGCCAGCGCUUCCGCGCUCAAUUUCGUCGACGUCGUACCUGCACAAGCACCGUCGUUCGCCCUCGUUUCCCAUCACCAACCCCGUCUCCAAUGGAACUCCGGUCGAUGGCGGCAUGGUAGAGUCGCCGACGGACGCUCGUCGAAGCCGCGGCUCUACAAAGGCUAAUGGUAGCAUCCGCCCGUCUCCUCUUCCUGUGAACGAUUCUCUGAUACCGUCAGGUGCGAUCACCACUCCUCCUGACUCGUCGGACGAUGAGGACCGGGGUCGCAACGUGGGCGAUCUGAAGGAUCUCGAAAAGGCGCUGCAGCACAUCAACGUGAAGAGGAUCUCCUCCCCAGAGCGAACCAAGGCUCCCACAACACCGUCCAACACACCUCAGCUCAUGACAGCGGCACGAUCACUGUCGGCCGAGGCACGCAAGAUUGCUCACUCCCGCUCAUCAAGCGAGAUCAUGCUCUCUAAGCACAACAUUGAGCCACUCGAUACCUGCCCAGUCAUCACAACAUCCUCGGACGACAGCGACGAGGAAGACGAUGGGCUACGGAUGAAGCCGCCGCUGCUUCGGAAGAAGUCCGGUGAGCUUGUCAAGCCUGCUCUUCGACCCGCCUCGCGACGCCGGCCGUCGAGCAUGCCUGGCACGCCCACUUACUCCAAGGCUGUUCACUUCAAUGAGGAGAUUGAGCAGGUACGGCAUUUCCUGUCGGUCGACCGACCGAUUGCUGUCAGUGCUGGCUCGUCGCCUGUUGAAUCGGCAUACGAGAGCGAGAACGAGUACCCCUUCGAUGACGACUCCAAGUCUAAGACACCGGAGUGGGAGAUCAAGCUGGCCAACUGGCCCGCGACUGAGUCUUACGAGCGACAGACUGCACCUGUACGAGUCGAGCGUAUUGCCCUUGCUUCGGACAACCAGACUCUUGUUGGCAACAUCGCUUGUGCCAACAUCUCUUUCCACAAGUUCGUCGUGGCUCGCUUCACUCUUGACUACUGGAAGACGACGUCUGAAGUUGUUGCUGAGUUCAAUCACGAUGUUCGUAAGAAGCAGGUCGAUGAUGGCUACGAUCGCUUCAACUUCAACAUCAAGCUUGCUGACCAGGCCAACCUUGAGUCCAAGACUCUGCUACUCUGUGUCCGUUACCAGUGCAAUGGUCAAGAGUUCUGGGACAACAAUAACUCGAUCAACUACCAGGUUGACUUCUCCAAGAAGGUCAAACAACAGCAGCCCAAGCCAAAGCGUUCCAACAAUGGUGGUCUUGGUUCGAUUCCUCGUAGUCGUCACUCACCUCUGACGUCUCGCCCGCGCUCGGCUGCCACUAUUGACGAUGACUUUGGCCACGACUUUGAGAACAAGUUCCAGUUCGGCAGCUCUGGUCGCAUUACAGGCGAUGCAUCGUCAUCGACGAUUCGCCUCAAGCCCAAGAGCAAGCAGCGCGCCCAUAUCUACCCUGAUCAGGGCGCUCGUCGCUCCCAAGGCGGCCAGGCGUUCUCGUCCAGGUAUGACUUCGGUGCUUCCCUGUCGGCUGCCUUGACCACCGCUCAGACUACCCUUGGCGACCGCAGCGGCCUCAAGGUCAACACUGGCAACAAGGGCUACUUCGAUCGCCCUGCUCCUCUUCCCAGGUCGCACACCACCGGCGCCCCCGUUAUCGGAACCCGCCCUGAUGCGCUGUCCUCUGAUAGCAAGCCCGAUCUCCAAUCCGCAGAGUACAACGAGUUGAUCCAGAAGUUUUGUUUUUUCGGCACACCUACCGGCAAAGGCUCUCCCAAGGCCACAACGCCCUUGAUCAAGAACAGCCACAGUGACGGGGCGGAUGAGUACAUCACCAGUGCUCAAUCGUCUGCCACCAGCAGCCCGCCCUCGCCCGCUAUGCCUGUCAUGGUAGACGGUGCUAAUGACAUCAAACCUUCCCGAACUCCCUCACCGUUCCUAAGUCGCUCUACAUCUCCCGGUCCCGUCACGGGGUCCGCACCUGAGGACCUUCUCGCCUCUCAGUAUCAAUAUGGGUACAACAUGCACGGUGGCAUCUUCCCUGAGCGAAGCCACACACCUCAAGCAUGUGUCUGA